AUGAAGUAUGUUACUACUUGCCUGUUGGCCAUCGUUGGUCUGACUGCAGCUAAUUUGGUCCCUCUCGGCCCGCAGCAAGCUUGCCCAGCAGGGACCCAACUCUACUCCCUCAACGGCUGCGGUUACGUAACCCGCGAGGCAACCUGUUACGAAUCCCGCCCCAGACCAGACAAGCAGCAGACCUGCGGCUACUCAGCCUGCCACUGCAUCCACCCCACUGUCAGAAACCAGGUCACCGGCCAAUGCGUACACUUAGACAAGUGCCCGAACGCUAAAAUCAUCCACGGACACGGAGGCGGCGGCAGACCGAAGAUUGAGAGACGACAACUUCAAAAAGGCGCUAAAUUUCCAAUUCCACCAAGGCGAAAAGCCCAUACACCAGUUCCAAAUGUACCAGCCCCAGUUGCACCAGUUCCAUAUAUACCAGCCCCAGUAGCACCGACUCCAGUUGUACCAGUUCAAAACGUCCGAGCACCAGUAGUACCAGUUCCAUAUAUACCAGCCCCAGUAGCACCGACUCCUGUUGUACCAGUUCAAAACGUACGAGCACCAGUAGCACCAGUUCCAUAUAUACCAGUCCCAGUAGCACCGACUCCAGUUGUACCAGUUCAAAACGUACAAGCACCAGUAGUACCAACUCCAGUACAAGCCCCAGUAGUACCAAAACCCGUUUAUAACGCUGGUUACACUAAUUACAACCCUGGUUACAAUACCGAGAACACUAACAACAAUGGUAACCGUGGUAACAGCAAUUACGAUACUGGUUACGGUAACAGUAACAAUGGUUACAAUAAUUAUAACUCUGGUUACAAUAACAACGCUGCGCCACUCAGAUAUUAAGAAUAAAACUUCUUAUUUUUGAGAAUAAAACUUUAUUUAAAAU